GUCGGGGGCGCUCGCGCCGGGGUCUGCCGGCCUCUCACCCUGCUCGCGCGCUCGCGCCGCCCCCUCCCAGCGAGGGGCCGGCUGCCGACGCCGCGCCUGCGCAGACGCUGAAGAGCCGCCGGAGUCUGGGCGGACUACGCCUGCGCGAGGGAAGGCCCGCCCGCGCCCCCCUUUUCCUCCCGCCCUCUCCCGAGGACCUGGACCGAUAAUAGGAGCGAGAAAACUGGGUUCCUGCCAAUCGAUGGAAGGCUGGAGCCUCUGCCUUGCCCCCAGGAGAUCUAAGACAUGGCACCCAAGAAGGCCAAGAGAAGGGCAGCAGAAGGGGGCAGCUCCAAUGUCUUCUCCAUGUUUGACCAGACUCAGAUCCAGGAGUUCAAGGAGGCUUUUACCGUAAUUGACCAGAACCGGGAUGGCAUUAUUGACAAGGAGGAUCUCCGGGACACCUUUGCAGCCAUGGGCCGUCUCAAUGUGAAGAAUGAGGAACUCGAUGCCAUGAUGAAGGAAGCCAGUGGACCCAUCAACUUCACUGUCUUCCUGACCAUGUUUGGGGAAAAGCUUAAGGGUGCCGACCCUGAGGAUGUGAUCACUGGAGCCUUCAAGGUCCUGGACCCAGAGGGGAAGGGCACCAUCAAGAAGCAGUUCCUGGAGGAGCUGCUUACCACACAGUGUGACAGAUUUUCCCAGGAGGAGAUCAAGAACAUGUGGGCAGCCUUCCCUCCAGACGUGGGCGGCAACGUAGACUACAAGAACAUCUGCUAUGUCAUCACACACGGUGACGCUAAGGACCAGGAAUAGGGGACCCAAGGUCUCAGAAGACCUAGAUAGGCAUCGAGCCUCCCCAGC